UGCCACUGCCGCUGCCGCCGCACCAACCCCCCCCCCACUGCCCACAACUGCCACACCAUCAUGCCAAUAAAAUCCCCCUUUGAGUCUUCGAUAGCGAAGCCAGGGGAGGGCAAAGUUGUCCUCUCUCUGCUGCCCCCCUCCAAUCCGACCUUGACGACGCUGACCUACAAAUACCCUCUCAAACUGCUCACCCGCACGCCGGGCUUCGUCCCCAAAUCCUCCGCCCUGACCUGCCCCUCGCAACCGGUGCACCUCUACCUCCUGACCUACGGCGGCGGGCUCUUGCCCGGGGACAAGAUCAAUGUCUCGAUCACGCUCGAGCCGCGGACUCGCAUGGUUGUGACCACUCCGCAAGGCAGCACCAAGAUCUUCAAGACGGAGCCCAACGCCAGCGUCAAGGGUCAGCGCGGCACGCCCAAGCCCCUCCUCUCCGACAAGAGCAGUCAAACGCUCAACGUGCACGUUGGCCAGGAGGCUGCGCUCUGUUACCUCCCGGACCCCGCCGUGCCCUACCAGGACAGCCGCUACGAACAGGUGCAGACCUUUACCGUGGAGGGCUCCACCUCCAGCAACGACAACCCGCGCCGCAGCAGCCUCUGCAUUCUCGACUGGGUAACGCAGGGCCGCGCCUCCCGCGGCGAGGCGUGGGACUUUCACCUCUGGCGCGGCAAGAACGAGGUGUGGACCACCACCGAGGAGUCGGGCAAGAGGAAGCUCCUGCUCCGCGACUCGCUCAUCCUCGACCGGGAGCUGGACGAGGCCCAGCUGGAACGAGGAGACCCCGAGCUGUUGAAGCACACGAAUGUGAUCCGAGAACGGACGCAUCCCCACGGCGUCGUCGGGACGUUGAUCCUCUACGGCCCGGUGUUCGAGCGCCUGGCCACCUUCUUCAUGGACCGAUUCACCUCCCUGCCGCGCAUUGGAGCCCGCAAUUGGUCCUCCUCGCCUGCGGUAGCUAGCGGUUCCGCCGCCACAGAACCCACGCCCAACUUCGACGCCCAGGUGACUUUCACGGCGGCCCGGGUCCGCGCGGGCUUCGUGCUGGUCAAAUUCGGCGCCCCGGACUUCGCCGCCGCCAAGGACUGGCUCGGGGCCAUUCUGAGGGACGAAGGGUCCGUCUACGCGGAAUUUGGCGAGGAGGCAUUAUUCUGCUUAUGAGUCUUCUUCUAUUGUGUUUUUCUUUUUUCUUUCAUUCAAAAGCGUUUUUGUUCUUUGUGUCUGAUUCACCCAAUGACCCACCAAGUGGGUCAAAUGAUACCCAGAUUGUUGUUACCUUGGGAACAUAAACAAGGUUUCUCAGCAGCUAAGCGCGAGUUCAAGCCCGGAAUUCGCUAACUGCUACAAAUGACACUUGAUCAAGUCUCUCCGUUUAGUUCUCUGUCUAAGUUCU